AUGUCUCCAAAAAAACUAAAAAAGGCGACUACUAAAUUAGUACCUAAAACUUUAGCACCCAAACCUUUAGCACCCAAAGUUUUUUCAUCUGAAACUUUAGUUCCCGAAACUUUUUCUCCAGCUAUUCGUCCUUUUAACGAUUUUACAAAUAACUUAUCACUGCAGCAACAGCCAUAUUUGGCUACACAACAGCUAUAUUUGGCUACACAACAGCCAUAUUCGACUACACAAUAUUAUACGAAUUCUUUGAAAUUGAAUGAACCGACAUCAAGAUAUAAUGAAAUAGUAAAAAUCAUUAUUUAUAAUAAAACUUCAUUUUCACCGCAACCAUCAUUGAUUACUCGUGAUCAAGAAAAUUUAUUUGGCUCUGUAGCUGUUGGACCAAGUUCUUCUACCUCUCCUAAUAUCCUUGGUUCAACAUCAACAAUUGCUACUUCUGAUGUAUCUGCAAAAUUAUCAAAUCGAUGGUCAUCAUCUGAAACACGAAUGCUUAUCGAAGAAGUAGGCAAGCAACAACAAGCAUUACAAAGAGUAAAAGAUCCAAGAGAAAAGGGCCGAAUUUGGGAUAAGAUUAUCACUAAUAUACAAACCUCUGAAAUUGCAAGCUUAGUUUUAAAAGAACGUACAAAGGCAUCAAUUCAACAAAAAUGGGAUUCACUUCUCCAAAAAUACCGUGACAUAAAAGAUAGGAUUGCAAGCACGGGUGAAGAACCUGUUCAGAAUAAUUGGGAAUUUUUUAAUGACAUUGAUGAGUAUUUAAGAAAAGAUCCUAGUGUUACUGCACCUAUUACAAGUGAUUCACUUUAUGGAGUUAAACGAAAAAGUGUUGAAGACCAAGAUGAUGAUGAGAUAUUAAAAAACGAAGAAGUACACGUGCUGAAGAAGAAAAGACGAAUAUAG